UUUGCUUUGCACUAAAAUGGGGUUGUGUAAGAUUUCACUAGCUUUUGUUUUUCUCAUGGGCUUAACCCUAGUCCAUCUCACCCUUGCCCAAGACUCCAAAGAAGACUACCUUAAUGCCCACAAUGCAGCCCGUGCAAACGUGGGAGUUCCAUCUCUGACUUGGGAUGACACUGUCGCCGCAUAUGCACAGAACUAUGCUAAUCAGCGUAUUGGAGAUUGCAAUCUUGUGCACUCCGGUGGAAAAUAUGGUGAAAACAUUGCAUGGGGCAGCGCUGACCUCUCAGGCACAAAUGCGGUAAAGAUGUGGGUCGACGAGAAAGCCAACUAUGACUACAACUCUAACUCUUGUGUUGGUGGGGAGUGCCUGCACUAUACUCAGGUGGUUUGGCGCAACUCGGUUCGUCUUGGAUGUGCUAAAGUGAGGUGCAACAAUGGUGGGACAUUCAUUGGUUGCAACUAUGAUCCUCCUGGCAACUAUGUUGGCCAGAAGCCUUACUAA